CCAUGCUGGUGCUGGAUGGUGGAGCAGGAUGGAAGGGCUGAAUGGCCUCCUAUCUCCUGUGCUUCUCUGCGUCUGUCCCCAGGUGAGGUGUGUGAUGCGGGAGUGGCCAGCCUGAUGUCGGUUUUCACAGAGAAGGCCUGCAUCCGUAAGGAUCCCCUGGGCCUGGUGGUGGGCUGUGACCGUUACCGGGUCAACAACAUCUUCGACGGCAAGAUGGCGGUGCGUCCCACCCAGGAGAUCCUCAAGGAGGCGGAGAGCAGGGUUGGGGAGGAGGUCGACUACAGUGUGCACUCGGCCAACUGCGAGCACUUCGUCACCGACCUCCGCUACGGUGUGGCCCGCUCCGGCCAGGUGGAUGAUGUGAUGGUUGCUGCCAAGGCUGCGGUGGGGGCGAUUGCCCUGGGGGCCAUUGCUGGGCUCUGUUACCAACUGGUGAAGAGGAGAGACAGACAGAAGGAGUGAGUGUGUCACCAGGAGGGGCCGAAUGUCCUGGAGGCUCCCAGACCAGCGGGAGAGACAGGCAGCCGGGGACCGGACAGACACACAGACAUCUGCGGGGUAUCCACCACCCCCUUAUACCCACCCUCUACUCCGCAAUGAGACUACUGUGAGAUCCAGCAGUCAGCCUGGGGGGGUGGGAGAGGGAGCGAGGGAGCACAGGGGAGUCGGUGUCGGGAGCUGGGAAUUAUCUGGCUCAAUCUGGAGUAAUCUGUCACCGGGCUAUGUCUCUCUCGCUCUCUGUGACCAAUAAAGGCUGUGUGUUUCUGUCUA